AAAGACGGAUUCGUGUCGAGACGGACAGUUACAGAAAGUAUUCCUCUGCCCAUCGAUAAGUGCAAACGCAAAGCGUGACGUUGAUUAGUGACCAUGGUACGAACAUAUAUCCUUGGUACUUUGCUGGGUGUUGUACUGCUGGCAGUAUUUGCUCAGAGUGCCCCUCAAUAUGCGCCCGGAGAGGAACCCACUUACGAUGAGGACGAUCAAGCAACCGAUUUGGCGAAACCGGAAGAUAACGAUGCGUCCGCAAAUGAGGAGGACUACGCUGCUAUUGAAGCAAGCCUUAAUCAACCGUUUGGCACGGCAGCGGAUCCAGGCCGACGUUUAGGAGAUGGACAGCGACUUGAAAACAAACCAUAGCAAUUGCAAUAAUGCAGCACCGAUAAAAGUCCCAUUAAUUAUACAAAUAAACAUUUGCACACUACUCAACUUA